AUGAAAAAAGGGUCUAUUGAAGGGCAAAGAAGGCUAAAUCCUAUCAUGAAAGAAGUGGUGAAAAAGGAGAUUAUCAAGUGGCUUGAUGCAGGUAUUAUUUAUCCCAUCUCUGACAGUUCAUGGGUCAGUCAUGUCCAGUGUGUGCCAAAGAAAGGUGGGAUUACAAUGGUGGAGAACGAAGACAAUGAGUUGAUACCUACUAGAACAGUGACAGGGUGGAGAAUUUUCAUGUACUACAGAAAACUGAACAAGGCCACUCGAAGGGAUCACUUCCCUCUUCCCUUCAUUGAUCAGAUGUUAAACAAACUUGCAGGGAGAGAGUACUAUUGUUUUCUAGAUGGAUACUCUGGUUAUAAUCAGAUUACAGUCGCUCUAGAGGAUCAACACAAGACAACUUUCACUUAUCCCUUUGGUACUUUCGCAUUUCGAAGGAUGCCUUUUGGUCUAUGUAACGCUCCUGCCACAUUUCAGAGAUGUAUGAUGGCUAUUUUCACUGACAUGGUGGAGCAGUUUCUAGAGGUAUUCAUGGAUGACUUCUCUAUUUUCGGUGAUUCAUAUGACGAUUGCUUGAGCAACUUGGCCAAGGAAGGUAUUGUUUUGGGAUACAAGAUAUCAAGGCAAGGAAUUGAAGUUGAUCGGGCUAAGAUUGAAGUUAUAGAGAAACUCCCUCCUCCUACUUUGGUGAAGCAUAUUAGAAGCUUUCUUGGGCAUGUCGGGUUCUAUAGGCGAUUCAUAAAAGAUUUCUCCAAGUUUCGGGCUUAUUUGGUGGGCACCAAGGUGAUAGUAUACACAGAUCACUCCGCUAUAAAGUACUUGAUUGAGAAAAAGGAUGCCAAGCCUUGUUUAAUUAGAUGGGUUCUUCUACUUCAAGAGUUUGAUGUGGAAAUUCAAGAUAGAAAAAGAGUUGAGAAUCAAGUGGCGGAUCAUUUGUCAAGAGUGGAAGGUGAAAAAGAAUCCAAUGUUCUUGUGCCCAUCAAAGAGACAUUUUUGGACGCUUACGCUUUUGUGACGAAAUGUGAUAGAUGCCAAAUGGUGGGAAAUAUUUCUAGAAAGAAUGAGAUGCCCUUGAUUAAUAUCCUUGAGGUUGAACUCUUUGAUGUGUGGGGAAUAGAUUUUAUGGGCCCAUUUCCUCCAUCUUAUGGCAAUGUGUACAUCUUAGUUGCUGUGGACUAUGUUUCAAAAUCGGUGGAAACAGCUGCCUAUCCCACCAAUGACUCUAAAGUGGUCAUGAGAUUAUUGCAUAAGCAUGUAUUCACUCAUUUUGGCACUCCAAGGGCAAUCAUAAGUGAUGAAGGUACUCAUUUUGUGAAUAAGAUGCUAGUGGGAUUGUUAGCUAAGUAUGAUGUGAGACACAAAAUAGCUACUGGUUAUCACCCUCAAACAAAUGGGCAAGCAGAGUUGUCAAAUAGAGAGAUCAAGGGAAUUCUUGAGAAAGUGGUGAACCCAAACCGCAAGGAUUGGUCCAAGAGAUUAGAUGAUGCAUUAUGGGCCUAUAGAACUGCCUUCAAAACACCAUUGGGGAUGUCACCUUACCGUUUGGUGUUUGGUAAAGCUUGCCACUUGCCGGUAGAGCUGGAGCACCGUGCAUAUUGGGCCCUUCAAACACUCAACAUGGAUUUGAAACUUGCAGGAGAAAAGAGAAUGUUGCAGUUAAAUGAAUUAGAAGAGAUGCGCUUAUUUUCUUAUGAAAAUGCCAAACUUUACAAGGAGAAAACAAAAAGGUGGAACGGCAAGCAUAUUCACCCAAGGGUGUUUGAAGAAGGCCAGCGAGUUUUGCUCUUUAACUCACAUUUGAAAAUAUUACCAGGCAAGCUCAAGUCAAGAUGGUCAAGCCCAUUCUUGGUGGUUAAGGUGUAUCCUUACGGGGCGGUGGAAUUGUGUGAAGAAGGCUCCGGAAGGGAAUUCAAGGAUAAUGGCCAAAGGAUCAAGCAUUAUUGGGGAGGUGAGGUUGAACAAAACAAGUGCUCAAUCUCUUUGGAGGAUCCUUGA